UUCUAAAUAAUUGUUAAUGGAAAAUGAUGUAGAGAGAGAGAAAAGCCCUCUACAUGAUUGUGGUGAUGAUCCUGGUUUUUAUUUGUUGCUGGGGUCCGUAUGCUUCUCUUAGCUUCCUUGGUAUCCUUGGAUACUCUGAGGAAAUUCCAGUUUUGUACACAGUGUUCCCACUUCACCUCUGCAAGUCCUCCAUUCUUUGGAACCUUCUCGUCUAUAUCAUCUUAAACCCUACGUUUAACUCCGAGAUAAGAAAACUAAUUUGGUUUCUACCCAAACCUGAUGAAAGUCCUAUUAAUCUUGUCACAAUUACUCAAAUAAACAAGUAAACUUAACCCUGA